AUGGGAAAUAGUUUAGGUGGGAAAAAGACCACAAAGGUGAUGAAAAUUGAUGGUGAAACAUUCAAGCUAAAGACACCGGUAAAAGUCGGUGAAGUGCUUAAGGAUCACCCCGGACUUGUCAUGUUAGAAUCCGAGGAAGUGAAGCAUUAUGGAGUGAGAGCAAAGCCGCUAGAGUUACACAAAGAGUUGAAGGCGAAAAGGCUCUACUUUCUUGUGGAACUUCCAAAGGAAAGUAGGGUUACAAGAAGGGUUCGUUCGGUGAUUAAUAUGAGUGCUAAAGACAGACUUGAGAAUCUGUCUUUAGCACGAAGGUCAGCUUCUGACCUAACUAUUAUAAAAUCGACGAACGAUAUUGAGGUGGGAAGAGAAGAGUUGGCGAAUGGCGGGAUGAGGUUGAAAAUGAGACUUCCAAAGGCAGAAGUUGAGAAGUUGAUGCAAAGUAGUAAAGAUGAAGGUGAGGCUGCUGAGAAGUUUAUGAGUCUUUGUAUGGCUAAUGGUAGCAAUGAUAAGAAACAAAAGAAGGAAAUGCUUUGGAAAGGUAGUACUAGUAGAGGUGCUGGUGAAUUCAAAAAGGCUUAUGAGAAAAGGGUGAGUUUUAUGCCAAUUAAUGAUGGAAGUUGUUCAAUAUCUGUGGCUUCCUAA